AUGGCGGAUUCAGAUAACGAAUCCGGAGGUCACCACAAUUCCCAAAACGAAAGCUCUCUUAAAGAGCAAGACAGGUUCCUUCCAAUAGCAAAUGUGAGCAGAAUCAUGAAGAAAGCGCUUCCUACCAACGCCAAGAUAUCAAAGGACGCGAAAGAAACAGUUCAAGAGUGCGUAUCCGAAUUCAUCAGCUUCAUCACCGGCGAGGCGUCCGAUAAGUGCCAAAGGGAAAAGAGAAAGACAAUCAACGGCGAUGAUUUGCUUUGGGCUAUGUCGACUCUUGGAUUCGAGGAUUAUGUCGAACCAUUAAAGAUUUACUUGCAGAGAUUUCGUGAUAUGGAAGGUGAGAAGACUGCAAUGACUGGGAGAGGAGAAAAGGAGAGUGGUGGGAAUGGCAGUGUUGUGAAUAUGGAGAAUAGUGGGGGUGGUUAUUAUGGUGUGAUGGGACCUCAAGGCCAUGUGUACGGAUCCAGCGUGUAUAAUCAGAUGGACUCUGGGCCGUCUUCUACUACAGGAAGGCCCAGGUAG